UCCCACGGCUGCCUGCAGAGCCCUGAGCCUCAAAGCCUCUCACACUCAUGUCACCUCCCCCCAGGGGACAUUCCCAGCUGUGCCACCCCGCUCCUUUUCCCCAUUCUGGCUGUUUUCAUGAGGUUUCCCAGCCAUGUCCGGGUGUCACCUGUGCCACCUCUGUCCCCACCCAGCUCUUCACUGAUGGCAUCACCAACAAGCUGGUGGCUUGCUACACGGACGAGGGGAUGGCGGAUGCGGUGCUGGUCAGGGUCUACGGCCGCAARACGGAGCUGCUGGUGGACAGGGAGACGGAGCUGAGGAAUUUCCAGGUUUUGCGCGCCCACGGCUGCGCCCCCGACCUCUACUGCGCCUUCCAGAACGGGCUCUGCUACCAAUUCCUGCCGGGAAUCGCGCUGGGACCCGACCACGUGAGGGACCCCYGCAUUUUCAGGCUGGUGGCCCGGGAGAUGGCCCGAGUCCACGCCAUCCACGCCAACGGGAGCCUCCCCCGGCCCAUGCUGUGGCAGAAGCUGCACAAAUACCUCACCCUGGUGAAGACGGAGCUCAGCCCAAAGGUAUCCAACSCCAGCCUGUCCCCGGACGUGCCCAGCCCGCAGGCGCUGGAGCAGGAGCUGCUGUGGAUGAAGGAGACGCUGCCGCCGCUCGGCUCCCCCGUGGUGCUGUGCCACAACGACCUCCUGUGCAAAAACAUCAUCUACGACAGGACGCGAGAGCGYGUUCGCUUCAUCGAUUACGAGUACACGGGGUACAACUACCAGGCCUUCGACAUCGGGAACCACUUCAAUGAGUUUGCGGGUGUCAAGGAGGUGGAUUACGCCCUCUACCCCAGCAAGGAGACGCAGCUGCGGUGGCUGCACUCCUACCUGCAGGCCUACAAGGAGCUGACCCAGGGGUGCCCMGGGGACAGCCAGGUGUCCCCCGAGGAGCUGGAAACCCUCUACGUGCAAGUGAACAAAUUUUCCCUGGCGUCCCAUUUCCUGUGGGCGUGCUGGGGGCUGAUCCAGGAUAAAUACUCGACCAUAGACUUUAAUUUCUUAAGAUAUGCAAAGUUAAGGUUUAAACAGUAUUUCAAGAUGAAGCCGGUGGUCACAGCCCUGCAGAUCCCCAAAUAGGCGCUGCCCCGAGCUCCUCCAGCCGGGCCCGGCCGUGUCCUCGCGUCCCCCUCGCCCCGGUGGCGUGGGGGAGGACAGGAGCCCUGCCCAGGCCGCUGCUGCUGCUGCAAGGACACCCUGGACACGGCYGAGACCGGACCAUGAGAUGCUGGACAGGACCAGGGGCUCGGCCCACGCCAGGGAGCCUCACCAUCGCCUUAAAGCCGAGCGCCACUCGGCCCCGCUGCCCGCCCUGUCCCCUCUGCGCUGUCCCCGAGGAGGAGGGACACGGGGUCACUCUGCUCAGGAGCCCCAAGAGCUGCCCGGUCACUUUGGCCACCCCCCUUGGCUGUGCCCUCUGUCCCCGCUGUCCUGCCGGGUGACACCACAGUCCCACCCUCAGAGCAGCGCUUUCCCCGGUCCCCGCUGUCCCCAAGCACAGCAUGGGGACCCUUUUCCAUGAGGGGUGGGAGCCGCGGGGGAAGGGACAGGGCCAGCCUGAGCCGCGAGGGUUUGGGGCGCUGCUGGUGGGCGCUGGGUGCCUGUCCCCUUUGCCCUGUCCCCACGGCUGUCCCUUCCUGUCUCCAUUGUCCCCCUGACCUCGGUGGCCUCCCCCUUCCACCCAGCUCCGCCUCUGCCCUCUCCCCCAGGGCCAGGAGGGUCAGGGGGGUCAGGGGGGUGGGUCCUGCCUGUCCCCCAUCCCUGUGCCCCUCGCCUGUCCCCAUCCCUGUCCCCCUCUCCUGUCCCCGCGAGGAGGUGGCACGGAGCUGCUCCUCUCCCGCCCCACCGAGCCCCGCCUGGCUCAUCGCAGCUCCCGGGGGUGCAAUCAGAGCCUCUUGGGGACAAGGGUGACCGUCCCUCCCCUCGGGGCACGGGGACAGCCCCCAGCCCCAACCAGGACUGCUGGAGCGGCCGUGGUUGUUUCGGUGCGAAAUAAAAGCUGCUGGUAGCUGGAAUUCGGGGGGUGGCGGGUCUGGUGGAGGGGGGAGGGCUCUGUUAGAGACCCCCUCGGCGGGGUCUGGGGGUGCUCCUGUCCCUUCUGGAUCGGGAGAUGUCCCCUCCCGAGCCUCGCCCCCAAUCUGGGAGAGCCCAGGCCCAGCUCUCCGCUCCAAAAAAGUCACUUUUAUUGUGCCAAGGGAUGGCAGGGGGUCGCGGGGUGGAUUGUAAACAGGGAUGUGAAAUAUACAGGUUAAGUUACUCGUGGUCUUAUUAACAAAAUAAAGCUCUAUCUAUAUUUACAAUCUUUAAAAACAAAAAAAAAAAAAAAAAA